AUGGAGUUUGGUGAGAUCUGCAUGUCCUUUCCAGUCGUUUUUAGAAAUGUCUGGAAAAGAAGCCUUUCUGAACAACCUUAA